AUGGGAGCGGUUGAGGUCAAGCGAGUACAAUUUGCCGCAAAGGCUUCGCCGUGGCCUCCCUCCUCUGAUUUGACCAACCCAAGUGAGCCGGCCAAGGGCAUCCUCACUGUCAAGGAUACCUCCAAGCUUGAAAUUGUCCCGCGUCAAAUCGAGGUGGCGGAGAACUUUUUCUCUGAAUUGAAUAUAGCGGGACAAUUCUCUACCGACGUCCAUGAAUGUAGGCUCGCGGGGCCAUUGAGCCGGAACCUUUUCCGGUGCGGCAAGCUUUAA